UCCCAAAAUCCAAUUACAUCACGCCACGUGUCCUAAACUCUUCCCUCCUUGUCUCCUACCCCGAGUAACCCUAUCAUUCUCUCUCUAACUCUAAAUAAAAAGAUCUCUUCUCACACUACUAACCCUUUACAAUUACUACUCAGAAAAAAAAAAAAAAAACGAAUCAAUGGAGAAUUUCUCAUACAGUUCGUACCCUGACUCGGGCGAUUCCUCGCCUCGUUCAAGAGAGAUCGAUUUCGAGAACCCUCCGCCGUGGGACGAUCAACCGCCGCCGCAGAACUACAAGGUCAAGUUCAUGUGCAGUUAUGGCGGAAAAAUCCUACCUCGUCCUCACGAUAAUCAGCUCUGCUACAUCGGUGGAGAAACCAAGAUCCUUGCCGUUGAUCGGACUGUGAAGUUCGCGAUUAUGGUGGGUAAGCUCUCUGCUCUCUGUGAAAACGAGGUUUCGUUUAAGUACCAGCUCCCAGGGGAAGAUCUUGAUGCUUUGAUCUCCGUUACGAACGAUGAUGAUUUAGAGCAUAUGAUGCACGAGUACGAUCGGUACUAUCGGACUACUGGUAAGCCGGCGAGGAUGAGGUUGUUUCUGUUUCCUGUUGUGGCUAAUUCCGCUUCGAGUUUCGGGUCGGAAGGUCCGAAUACGGAUCGGGAUCAGUUUGUUGAGGCUUUGAAUUUGGUUCAGAAUCAUGGAUCCGACCCGAAUCCGAAACCGCCUGUUCACAACAACGUGGAUUUCUUGUUUGGUUUGGAGAAAAGCGUUGGCGGUGUUGGAGUUGUGGCUUCUCCUCCGCUUCCUCCGCCGACUGUGCCUGAACCGUUGGCGGCGCCGCCUCAGGAAUAUCAGGUUAUGAGUGGAGCUAAUCGGGUUAUCGGGUCUAACCCGGUUGAUAUUCAGAGACAGUUACAGAAACUUCAAAUUGAACAUGAACAAAACCUAAAUCAUCAUCAUCAACAACAACAACAGCUAAAUCAUCAUCUUCAACAACAACAACAACAACAGCAUCAACAGCAACAACAAGCGAUGUACGGAAGAAAGAGCGAGGAAAAUCUAGUCGGUGGAGGAGGAUACGCCGGAGAAAAUUACUACAUCCAUAAAGUACCGGAGAAGAUUCCGGCAGCUAUGACGGGACCUCCUCAGCCAAAUUACUGGCCGGAAAAGCAAGGACUCACAAGCAGCGGAGGAUAUCCAGUGAGUCACGGUGGAGGAGGAGGAACACAAGAUCAUCCGGUGUAUAUGAUCCCAGCUCACGGUGCUCCGGUUUACCACCACCAACCUAUGGUCCGACCGGUAACCGGUCCACCCGGUCAACCACCACAAGGAUACUACCAAGUUCAGCAGCAUCAGCAGCAGCGAUUGGGUCCGGAUGUUUACCAGGAACAGCCGGUGUACAAUGUGGUACCUCCGCCACAGCAGCCGCCACCGAAGAUUGCGGCGACCUAUCCGGAAGGGAUGGGAAUAGUACGGCCGAGUAGCGGCGGCGGAAUGGUUCCCACUACUGAUAUGGGUCCGUACACUCAGGUGGCGUACGAUAGCGCGACGGGAAGACAGGUAUUCUACACCGCCGGCGGUGGGAUGGUGCUGGCAUCUUCUCAGCCAUCGCAGCAGGUCCCUGUGGGACCUGGACCGGGGACCGGGCUGGGGCCGGGGGCUCAGCUUAGUUAUGCGGCCGUGGCGGCCGACACGAGACCCGGUGGGUCGUUGGGUCAGGAACCGGGUAAGGUGGUUGUUAACAAGGUUUCACAAGCUUCAGUUUGAUUAAUUGUUGUUGUGAUUAAGAUUAAUUACAGAUUUAAAAUUACAUAAUUAAAAUAUUAUUGUUAUGUUAUUAAUAUUUGAAGAAAUUUUCAUUUGGUGUC